AAGAAAAAAGAUAAGUCCAUGACCAUGGCUUUCCAAGUAGAACCAAAACUUCCCAUAAUUGAGUUCACAGAUGAGACCUUGAGGGGUGGCACAACCUCAUGGUUAUCGACGUCUCGAGAAAUCCGAUGUGCGUUGGAAGAGUACGGUUGCUUUGGGGCAGUGUACAAGAAAGUCAUGCCGGAGCUAAGGGAAGCCAUGUUUGAUCAUUGCAAGGAGUUAUUCAAACUUCCCUUAGAAACUAAACUCAAAAAUAAUAGUGAUAUUUUUGGUUUUGGUUAUGGUGGGAAUUUUGGUACUAUGCCUCUAGCUGAAUUUUUUGGUAUCGCCGAUGGAGAAACUAUUGAUGCAACCAAGGAUUUUGCAAACAAGAUGUGGCCAAAUGACAACGUCCGUAAAUACUGCGAAGAAUCGAUUUCAUAUUCAAAAUUAAUUGUUGAACUGGACGAUACGAUUAUUCGCAUGACGUUGGAAAGUUAUGGCAUAGAGAAACAUUAUGAAGCUCUAAAACAUUCAUGUAUGUAUUUGAUGAGAUUAAUAAAAUAUCGAUGCCCAAAAAAUAAUGAAAAAAGUAUAGGUCAUUCACCUCAUAGAGACAAAUCAUUUAUGGGAAUUAUUGACACUAAUCAAGUUGGAGGUUUGGAGAUGCAAACAAGAGAUGGCAAAUGGAUCACUUUUCAUCCCUCUUCUUAUAAAACUCUUGUCAUCAUAGCUGGUGAGCCAUUCACGGCAUGGAGCAAUGGUAGGGUAUAUGCACCAAUACACAGAGUGAUUAUGAAAGGAGUUGAAGAUAAGUAUUCACUAGCAUUGUUCUCUUUUAUGAGAGGGACAAUUGAAGUACCAGAGGAGUUAAUUGAUGAAGAGAAUCCAAAGCAAUUCAAGUCAUUUAAUAACUUUCAAUAUCUCAAAUAUUGUGGAACACAUGGCUCUAAAGAGAAAGAUCCCUUAAAAGCUUAUUGUGGUGUUUGAAAAAUAUUUAUGAUCUUUGUUAUGUAUUUUCCUUCAUUAUAUGUUGUUCUUUGUGAUUUCAUGCUGCUUGUUUUUAUCAUUUCUAUUUUUAUCUUUAUGUUCAACUUUGGAGUAUAUUGUGUGCAUGAAUUAAAUAAAGUUUCGUGAAUGGUUGUGUUA